AUGUCGGAGUGGGAGAGGCAGCGCCUGCCGCGCAUUCAGGGUGUGGCGGCGUUUCGAAAAGGCGAUAUUUACGCGAUGCCCGCUGUGCCAGCAGCCUAUCGUACUACUAAACCGCGCCCUAACCCGUACACUAACCCAGAAAUGCUUGGCCGCAUCUACUCCUCGAGCAUACCAUACCACACCACGGACAGAGCCGCGAGCACAUACGGUUGCGCAGUCCAUGUGGGCCGUCUUCGUGGUGUGCCCGCCGGAAACUGGGCAGUACCAAGAAAGGAUCUGCACCGCAGCCCUCCACACCAUCUGAUGCCUCUCGCAUCUUCUUACCCGGCGCCGGUCGGAUACUUCACCGAUGCAUUGCACUUCGCACAGGUCGUGGAGGAGUCUCAGCGAACAGCCAUCAAAUUCGAAGAGCGUCGCUACUGGUUGCGCUUGCUGGACCACUACGCGACUCGCGCGCGGAGGACUGUGCCUACUUCUCAGCAGCCACGACUUCUCGCCUGGGAAGCGGAGUCGCCCCAGCGCGUGGAGACACCCAAGCCUCCCAUGUCCAUCAUGGUAGCCUACGAGUCUGUGUCACCUGUGCCAGAAGGCAGCCUCAAGAUUGGCAGCCAACACAUUCUCUCCCUGCCGCGCCUACGCGUACUGCGGCAGGAGAAGUCCUAUGGCAUAGCCAAGAGUGCUAUCUCCCCGCACACAGACAGCGUGCGUGAAGUUGGCACCGCUGCGGGAAAACAGUCCUCGCCUUCUCUCUUCCUCGCCGAUGAACAGCUACCGCGUCUGCCUGCAGAAGAGGCGCAUCUUUCCACGCUAUCUGCGCAGUUCGCUGGGCCGCCACGUCUGAAUAUGUCAACACCCGAUGACCGAGACGCGGUUGACCUGUGCGAGCUUCGAGAGCAGGAAGCCCCUCCGUUGAAGGACACACUUUUCGCGCCAUGUCCAAUUCCGGCGUCCUCCUCCCGUGGCUGCAGCAAGCCAACGUCGGUUGUGGCGUCACUCUCGGCGUUUAUAGUGGAGGCGCCGGUGCGUUGUGCCGUCGAGCACGACGAUUCGCGGACGCCAUUGGAAGCGGUGUCAGCAGUCGGCGCACCACGCGACAACAAAGAGACGUCGGCCCACCUCGAUACGCGGCGCACUGAGCACCUGCUUGACGCGGCGCGGAGCGCUGAUGCACACAAGAGCUUGCAAGAGCUACAAACGCCUCAGCUCACUGCGCAGGAAGAGCGGCUGCUUCAGGAGUGCACCUCUGUGAAAGAGGAGGUGCAUAGUAGCGAGAGCGUGACCUUUGCCGAUCCAGCGGAGCUGUGUGCACUGCGCACGGCAGAGGCCAUCGCACUGGUCAGUUCCCUCUUCUUAACCACAUCCAGUCCCCUGCCUCGAUUGGGGAGCGGUGAGGCGACAUCGGUGAAGUCACUCGCCGACGCCAUAGUGCUGACCGAGAACGAAGUCACAGCGAACUCACCGUCAUCGGUGCCACCAGCUCGAACCCCUCGCGCCACCCAAGGGAACUUGAAGCAACUGCCGUGGCAGGUGUCUCGGACGAUAGUGGACUCCAUCUUGGCUUCCACCGCUGCGGUUGACAGUGCACCGAUGCAUAGCCUCGAGACGUACUCCGCAUACGAGGUGGAGGAGCCCGCCAUUGCUGUCACUCUCUUCCACCCACCCCUGCCUCUUCAGACGUUCCUCGAGGAUCACCACGCUAGCGCCCUGCUUCCUCCGGCACCUGCUUCAGCCGAUAAGGGGGACUUGUAUCAGCUGCGUCACCAGCUCGCCCAUGAACUGGUCAUGCUGGUAACGCAGUCCACUCAUACCACCUAG